CUCUCCAGCCUUUACCAGGUUGGACCGGUUUAGGUAACAACCGCUUCCCACUUCCGCGUCCCAGGAGCGCAGUCAAGCCCGUUCUCCCUCACAAUCGACUUGGCGUCACCGGGCGUUUAUCCCCAACCCCGGGCCGGCACGGGAACCGAGAGACGUUGAUCCGCAUCGGAGGCACCUUUCCCGCGCUGGAUUCGUGAUGGAGGCUCUUCACUACCGGUUCCUAAAUGAUCUGCGUGUCGGGAACGUUAAAUCGAUAUUAGCCGGUCCAGGAACAUGGAAUUCUCUCAAUAACGAAUGAAACAUGAAGGUAGCAUAGAAACAACAUGGAUGCUCGAGCCCACCCCUCGUCCUCGGUUAUAGAAACAUACAUAGUAGUCGGGCGAACCGCCAACCCCUUAGUUCAAGGUUUGUACCCAGCCUCGAAGGGGUUAUACGUAGUUGGGUAAAUUUGGCCGUGAAGCUUCUCACGAUGCUGAAGUCAGUCUUGAUCACGGCGCUGGCCCUCCUUGGCCCGGCAUGUGCCCAAGAGUCAGAGACCUUCACGAACCCCAUCCUAUACGAGGACUUCCCGGACAAUGACAUUUCAUUGGGGCCGGACGGCGCUUUUUAUUACUCGGCGUCCAACUUUCACUACAGCCCCGCUGCCCCUAUUCUCCGGUCCUACGAUCUUGUCGACUGGGAGUUCGUCGGCCACUCGAUCCCUCGCCAGAACUUUGGCGACGGCUACAACCUGCCGCCCACCGGCGAGCGUGCCUACCGCGGCGGGACAUGGGCCUCGACGCUGCGCUACCGCGAGAGCACCGGCCUCUGGUACUGGAUCGGAUGCGUCAACUUCUACCACACCUGGGUGUACACGGCCCCCAACCCCGAGGGCCCCUGGACCAAUGCGGGCAACUACGGCAACGGGGUCUGCUUCUACGACAACGGCCUGCUGAUCGACGACGACGACACCAUGUACAUCGUCUACAGCUUCAACGACGGCAAGCAGGUCAACGUGACCCAGCUCGCCCCCGACGGCCUCAGCACCGUCCGCACCGAGAAGGUCAUCGAGCCCGGCCAGGUCAGCGUCGACAGCAUUGAGGGCAACCGCAUGUACAAGUUCAACGGCUUCUACUACAUCCUCAACGACCACCCCGGCAGCACCGCCUACGUGUGGAAGUCAGAAUCCCCCUGGGGUCCCUACGAGGGCAAGCCCCUCGCCGACAACGUGCAGAGCCCGCUCCCGGGCGGCGGCGCACCGCACCAGGGCAGCCUAAUCGAAACCCCACAGGGCGACUGGUACUUCAUGUCCUUCACGUGGGCCUUCCCGUCCGGCCGACUGCCGGUACUAGCACCGAUCGAAUGGCAAGACGACGGCUUCCCGACGCUCGUAACCGACGCCACAACCGGCGCCUGGGGAACCUCCUACCCGCUCCCACUGCCGCGCAAACCGCUCAACCACAGCUGGGCGAGCACCAACUACCCGUUCACCACGCUGACCACCCUCCCGCCCACCUUCGAAUGGAACCACAACCCGGACACGGACAGCUUCACCCUGACCCCAGACGUCGGCCUGGUCCUCUCCACCGCCACGGCCAACGAAACCGACGACCUCUACUCGGCGCGCAACACGCUGACCCACCGGGUGCACGGGGAAUUUCCCACCGCCACGCUGGAGCUGGACGUGGGCGGGAUGGCGGACGGGGACCGGGCAGGCUUGGCCGCCUUCCGGGACCGCAGCGCGUACAUCGGGGCGCACCGCACGGGCGACGAGCUGCAGGUGGUGGCGCGCUUCAACAUGACGCUGGACGAGUGGGGCGGGCCGACGCUGGAUCUGGGCGAGGUGGUCGAGACGGUGCCGCUGGGUGCCUUUGGGGAGGUGGGGACCAGGUUGUGGUUUCGGCUGAGCAUGGAUGUGAGGCCGGAUGGGGCGCAUGAGGCGGGGUUUGAGUAUAGUGUUGAUGGGGAGGCGUUUGUGGCGGUGGGGGGGAAGUAUGAGCUGUAUACGGGCUGGGCGUUCUUUUUGGGGUAUCGGUUUGGCAUCUUCAACUAUGCGACGAAGGCGUUGGGCGGGAGCGUGACGGCUGUGAGCUUUGCCACCGGGUCGAAGUGAUGACGGGGAGUGAGGUGAUGAUGGUGAGGUGAUCCGGGGGUAUUUGUAGCUUGUCCACGUUCUGGACCUUGUUCAUACAGAGUAUUCCGGAUCUUGUUCAUGUUCUUCUGGACCCAUGGUGCAUUCCGGUGAGGUUGUAGGUGACCUCA